UUGGAAACCUUGCGCUGGCGCCGUCAUCCUUGCCAGCGGGCCCUGACGAUGAACCAAAUCUGGGGACGGGAGCUACGUGACGUGAAAUUUUAAGCCUGGUUCUUCAUCGGAGAUAUUCUUCGGUUAUGCCUUGUAGUCGACUGAGUAAUAUGUUCCUUCGUAGCUGGGCAGUCGAAAAUGUCUUGUAUAUAUUAAGGUGGGAACCGGCCGCCAGUUAAGAGGGUUUACGGUAGACUGCUACUCUUUUAGCAUAUAUCCACGACUAGCCAGCCCCGAGGGACAUAGAAAAAUAUAGCCAUCGUCCGGAGUCUCUCCCAGAAGACGAGAUGGUCUCUACCUGGGCCCUCGCCGCCUCGGCUCUCGCCCUGUCAGGGCUAGCUCUCGCCGACACCUGCUCCACCCUGAAGGACAUUUCUAACAUUGACGUUGCUGAUCCUCUUGAGCUAUCAUAUAUCAACGAGCAGAACGAUUAUUGGUCUACUUCAUGCUCUUCCCUGAAGCCUUCUUGUAUUAUUUUCCCCAAGGAUGCCAACGAGGUAUCUGCCAUCGUGAAGGUCCUCAACAAUAACACGGAGCCGUUUGCCAUCAAGUCUGGCGGACAUAAUCCUAAUAAUGGCUGGUCGAGUGUCACAGGUGGCCCCCUUAUCUCAACCCAGAAGCUUAAGCAGGUCAUCGUGGAUCAGGAGACGGGUAUAGCUAGAGUUGGCCCUGGGCAGCGGUUAGACAGCAUCUCCGCUGAACUACAGGGAACCGGCUGGACCUUUGUCGGCGGCCGUAUUGGAAACACGGGCGUAGGCGGCCUUGUUCUCGGCGGUGGUCUAUCGUAUAUGUCGGCUCAGUAUGGCUGGAGUGCUUCCUCCGUACUGGAAUACGAGAUCGUUCUCGCCAACGGUACCAUCGCAACCGCAUCUGCUACCAAGAACGCUGACCUAUUCAAGGCUCUCAAGGGCGGUGGCAACAACUUCGGUGUCGUGACCACAUACGUUCUCCAACUGUACCGUCAAGGCGAUGUUUUCGGCGGUAACCUGGUCUUCCUUCAUAGCCCUAGUACAGACAAGAAGCUGUUGAAGGCCGUGCGGGACUUCACCGAGUACAACCAGGACAACAAGGCAGCCGUCAUCGUCACGGCAGAGCGCGGUAACAUCGACCUCAUCGACACAUGGAUCCUGUUUCUCUUCUACGAUGGCCCCGUAGUGCCCGAGGGAACCUUCAAGAACUUCACUGAUGCCGGGCCUCUCCUAGACACCACCAAGGUGCAGACCUACGCCGAUCUGAUGGGCGGCAGCAACUGGGUCAUCGUCCCGCUGUCCGUCGUGCAGAUUGGAACCGAGACGAUCCCCAUGCCGUCGGCUGAAAACAACGUGAAAGUCAUGGAAGGCCUUCACGCUCACUGGCGAAACAUGACCGACACGGUGCUCCUCGAGCCUGGCAUCGUCGCUUCUAUCGCAUACCAGCCCUUCCCGAAGGCCAUUGCACAGGCCGCAAAGGCAAGGAGCGUGGAUUUAAUCGAUGCGGAUGAUGAGGCGCACCGCCUAAUUAUCGAGAUGAACUACAGCUUCUUACCGCAGGGCGACUACGCGAAGAUGGACCAGAAGCUACAGAAUACUUACGGCGGUGUACGUGAACGCAUACUCGGCUGGCAACAAGACGGGACCCUACCCGACAUCUACCUCCCAGUAUUCAUGAACUACGGUUUCCAUCAACAGGAUUACUUUGCGCGACUACGUCCAGAGAACCGAGCAUUUGCACACUCGGUAUCGGAGAGUGUAGAUCCUAAUGGUUUUUUCCGAGCCCGAAUAGGAGGCUGGAAGCCUUAGAUAUGCUGCCCAUCUUGAUUGAUACCCAUAUGCAUUUUAGCACGAGCCUUUGUCUUAUUUUCAUUUUUCGUCUCAUGCUUUUAUGAUAUGACCGAUACCCGGAAGGCAUAGACGGUUACUGUGUACCUAAUAAACUUCUCUAGUGAUGAAACAAUAUAUAAUAUAUUAAUAGUGCAUAGUAUUUAUGAUAUAUGAUAACUAUGCUUCGGGUCUUCAUACAGUAACUGAGUAGAUACUUAGGACGACAUUUAAUAGUUGUAUGUCUGACCAAGCGUCAACCUUUCAAGACACCAUGAAGCAAACAAGUAAGGAGAGACCAAAAGACAACAGAAAAAAAAAGAAAUAAAAACCCCC